UCAACAUAACUCAUUGUUGAUAGCGAAAAGUUCCGAAAACUAGAACGAUAAGUGAUUUUCUUGCUAUUGUCUUGCUCUAAAACAAUGACGGAACAAAUAAAGUUCAUCGUGAAGGAGAUAAACGCAAGUUUGGGGCGGAACUACGACUUGAUAAAGUUUGACGCCUUGGAUGAAAAACAGUUACUGCAGCUGCUCGUCGAUUUACUCGUAGCCUUUAAUGCUGGCGAGAAGUUGGACGUCCGCGACGAUGACCCCGAGACUGUGUCGGUCCGUCUGCUGGAGAUGCUCGGUAGCGUCAAGUACCGGCCGCCGGCGGGCGAGGAUCCGCCGCGGUUUCGGGCUCUACUGCUAGCGGGUGACGCCAACACCGUCCACCACGUGCUGUACUGGUUGCUGGCCAACAAGGAGCACGUCACUAACACCGCUUAUCUGGCUAAAUAUUUGAAGAUACCAGAUAUACCAACCGACGUAGCGCGUAACAAUACGAUCCAAGAUUUACUAGACCUAUACCAGAAUCUGAUAGAUGAAUUCAAAGAGGUGCACAAGCGCACCAGGAUAUUACAAAAGGAAAAUGCGUCUGAAAUCAUUAAUGAUAUCAAGGAGAUGGCGGUCGAGCGAGAUAUAGUUAUUAAGCGAUUAGAGACCGUGCAAGUUAAUCUGAUAGACGUAGGUAAUAAGGAAGAGUUGAUGAACAUUAGCAAAGCUCUAAGGGUUCAACAGGAAAUGACAAGCACACUGGAGCACCAGUAUGAGACCCAACAAGCCCAGUUGAAGUCCGCUGCGGACCAAUUGAAAAGAUAUUUAAAUGUAAUACACGGGCAAAGUGCGGCGCCGAAAACUGUUAACGACGUGAUUAAACGUCUCAACGAAGAAAUUCAGCUGAACAGCUACCUUGUAAAGGAGAAACUGCCGCAAGAGGCUGCGCACCUGCAGAGAGAGCUGAAUAUUAUGCAAACUAUUGCCACGGAGCAACAUCCCACUAGGUCGGAUUUAAUGGCUGCGCAAGACAAGAUAGCAGUGGUCAACAGCGAAAUCGAACAGCUCGUGCAGCGUCGCUUGGCGUCCUCGACGCCGCAGGAGGACAAGCUGGCGCCUUUCCGGCAGCAGGCGGCGGUGAUCCGGCGCAAUAAGGACGCCAGUGCCGCGCGCGCCGAUGAGCUGGCGGCGUCCCUUCGCGAGCAUGAGGCCACACUGGCGGACUUGCAGUCUCAGGUUCGUCACCUUCUUGGAGACACAAUCCUCAGGGGAGAGGAGUUAAAAAAAUACGUCAACACACUACGCACUAAGAGCACAAUAUACAAAAGACAGAGGGCCAACUUAUCAACGUUUAAGGUCGAGGCGGGAAUCUUAACGCGGACGCUACAUCUCCUGAGCGCCGCUGAUCCUACCGUGGAAUUGGCUCUAGUGAAUCACAAGAAAACGAAGAUUGAAGACGAUGACGCCGCCGAAAAAGACUUUAAGCCGGCGGAUUUAGAGAAAAAAUCUUUGCAUGACUUAUCACAGUUAGUGGCUCAAACAGCACAGAAACUGUCUCAAGUGCGCCAAGAAAUACAACCGCUCGCGGACAAAAUAAAACCGAUAAAAGAGCAAUUUCAAUCAGUACAGCAGCAAUACGACCAGAAGAAGCGCGUUUACGAAGCAACCUCCAUCAACAUUACUUCGCAAAUGGAACCUUUCAAGAAUCAAGUGACAGAGUUGACUGACCAACUGAAUAGUAAGGAGGAGGAAUGGAAAAACUUGCGGCAAAAGAUAACAAAAGCGGAAAGUUUACAAGAGGUUGUGAUGUUUGAGAUGAAAAACUCAAUGCAGUCCCCGCGGAGACCCUCCAAAACCGAAACUUUGAUGAAAAAGGUUGCUGAUAUGGAGCAGAUUGUAAAGAACUUGGAGGAGGAACAGAAGGUGAUCAGUUCCCGUCAAGGCGUGGUGGAAGAGCAGACGCGGCUGUGGGAGAACACGCUGGAGCUGUUGCGCUGCAAGCUACGUGCGCGGACGCAGCCUUCUGCGCGCCAGGGCCGCAUGCACAUCACGCAGCACUCGCAAAUGCUCACUCUGACAUAAUAACAUUAAAUUCAAAUAUUCAAAACAUAUUUAUUUCAUAGCUUGGAUGAUACAUAGGUGAAGUACAGUGAUCCUCACACCAGGCUUAGCCUGUGACGUGGGGAUCCAAGCCAAAUACAAAUUAUUAUUACUAGUACAAUAAACCACAGAAAUUACAAACCACAUAAGCGGUACAGUACUUAAAGACUGUAAAUCUCUGAAAUAGAGUAACACAAAAAGCUAUACGAAAAAAAAACAUAACAACAUUAGAGGGAUUUCUUGGUGGCGCUGACCGGCAUCUAUAGGUAUAAGUAUGCAGAACAGACGCAGCACGCUUAUAGCAUCUGUACCAAGCAAGUUCGCUUUGAGUGUGCGCCGUGGCCUUAGUAGUGUUAGGUGCAAAUUCUUCUUUCCUGUUCACGAAAGUAUAAUCUAAUCUCUUUGAAAAUAGCCAUUAAUAACAAAUAUAGAAUAAAAUGAAAAUGCUACACUUCAGAACUUAUGUUAUUUAUAUCUUGAAAGACCGAUAUUGAAUAACCGGUCUUAGGUGCCCACGCUUUUGAUACAGGCAUACUGCGUAGGUUAUUGUUUAAUGCCAAUAUUGGCGAUAUCCUUCACAAAUUAAAAUUAAGCUCCUCCUGUUUGAGAAUAGCUCAGGAACUUUUUCGUGAUUACGAGUAUAAUGUAUUUUAACUUACACGAGUUAACAAAUUACAUAAAUAAAAUCUCAAGUUCACCGACA